AUGAUAACCAAGUUCUACCAACAUGUCCUGGCCUUGGCAUUUGCAGUCAAUGAGAUCAAUAAGAAACCCAAGAUCUUGCCUAAUGUCACUCUUGGUUUCCACAUCUAUGACAGCUAUUAUGAUGAGAGGAUGACCUAUCGGACUACUCUGGACUUGCUCUUUAAAAGUCACUCAUUUGUCCCCGGCUACAAAUGUGAUGUCCAGAGAAAUGUGAUAGCUGUUAUUGGGGGGCUCGGUGGCGAUGUCUCACACCGUAUGGCAGACGUCUUAGGACUUUACAAGACUCCACAGCUCACAUACGGCUCAUUUGCCCCAGUGGAGAGGGACACAAAAGAGUUCCCUGUCUUUUACCGCAUGAUCCCAAAUGAAUCUCAUCAGUAUAUGGCCAUGAUUCGUCUGCUCCUUCAUUUUGGAUGGACCUGGGUUGGACUGUUUGUCGUGGAUGUUGCCUCCGGAGCUCAUUUCCUAAAGGUUGUGGAGCCGUUGCUCUCCCAAAAUGGAAUCUGCUCAUCCGUCACAGGAAGAAUCCCCCAGCAAACAAACUGGAACAAUGUGGGCGAUGUUAAUGUUUUCUUGGCAGACAUCUACAUCCCUUUUGAAGAGAACCGAACCCAUACCUUUGUCCUCUAUGGAGAAGCUUUGACCAUUAAUAUAAUGAUGUUUUUGUUGUUGAUGGGAGUCCCAGGAUAUAAAGAAAGAGAGUCAUUGAGAAAGCUACAUCUGUCUCUUCAAGGAAUUUCAUUUAACAACUCAGCUGGAGAACGUGUGUCUUUGAACGAUAAUGGAGAAAUAGAAACUGGAUAUGAUAUAACAAACAUGGUCAUAUUCCCGAACAUGUCUUCCCUUAGAAUGAAAGUUGGAAGGGUGGAUUCCAUAGGAAACGAAUUCAUCAUUGACGAAAAUUUAAUUGUGUGGCAAAGACAUUUUAAACAGAUGCCUCCCCUUUCUUUGUGUAAUGACCACUGCCCUCCUGGUUACCUAAAGAAAAGGAAGGAAGGCGAGAAAUUUUGUUGCUAUGAUUGUGAUCUGUGCCCAGAUGGGAAGAUUUCAAACCAGACGGACAUGGGCAACUGUAUCAAAUGCCCAGAAGAUCAGUAUCCAAACAAGAACCAAGAUGGCUGCAUUCCCAAGAUAAUAAGCUUUCUGUCUUGUGAAGAACUUUUAGGAAUCAGUUUAGCCUCAGUAGCCAUUUUUUUUACCCUGAUCACAGUCUUGGUACUAAGUAUUUUCAUUAAGUACAAAGAUACCCCCAUCGUCAAAGCCAACAAUCGAGAGAUCACCUACACGCUUCUUGUUUCCCUCCUGCUGUGCUUCGUCUGCUCUUUGCUCUUCCUUGGACAGCCAACAAAGCUGACCUGCUUAUUCCGACAGUCGGCUUUCAGCAUCAUCUUCUCAGUGGCUGUUUCCUGCUUGUUGGCCAAAACCAUCACUGUGGUGGUAGCUUUUAUGGCCACCAAACCAGGGUCCAUCAUGAGGAAGUGGGUGGGGAAAAGACUGGCCAACUCCAUUGUCUUUUCCUGCUCCCUCGUUCAAGCAGGCAUCUGUGUGCUCUGGCUGGGAACCUCCCCUCCAUUCCCCAAUUUGGACACACAGUCUCUUAGAAGAGAAAUAGUUGCAGAAUGCAACGAAGGGUCUGCCACUAUGUUCUAUAUUGUUCUUGGCUACAUUGGACUCCUUUCCAUCAUAAGCCUGAGCAUGGCUUUCCUAGCAAGGAAAUUGCCAGACUGUUUUAAUGAAACCAAGUUCAUCACCUUCAGUAUGUUGAUGUUUUGCAGUGUUUGGUUGUCUUUUAUUCCAACCUAUCUGAGCACCAAAGGGAAGUACAUGGUGGCUGUGGAGAUCUUCUCCAUCUUGGCUUCCAGUGCUGGUUUACUGACAUGUAUAUUUUGUCCAAAGUGUUACAUUAUGAUAGUUAAACCUCAGUUGAACAAAAGGGAGCAAAUAAUAUGGAGAUAUGGUUAA